CUGGUACUUAGCUGAAUCCGGUUAGACUGGAAGCCGACUCCAACAUAGUUGGGGAAAGGCUAGCUUCAGCUAUAAUCGAUAUUUAAACGAUCGAAUCCGUGAGCAACAGCUAGUAUUUUCAUAAGUUUAUUUAAUUUCAUCCAUCACUGAUUCUGUAGACUACUAAUACUUAAAAAAGUCAUAAUUCUUUGAAGUUAAUUUUCAAUUUACAUAAUGUCAUCACUUCAGUUUUUAUAAUGAAAGUUACCUGGCUUUUGUUAUUUGCUGUAGUCCAUAUUGCAUCAUGUGAAAAGGCAACGGAUAGGCUUAAAAGGAAGCUUAUAGUCCCAAAAAUUAGUAACGAAUGCCGCAAAAUAAAAUGCUCGUCAAUCGAAGAUCCGAAGUGCGUGAAACUGACUAGAAAUGACAUGAACAAGACAUUUCACAUCGUCGUCAUAAAUAAAUGUGAAUUGGAUUAUAUAAAGUGUCAUGAUGAUGUUGAAGCCAAAAUAGUGCCGACGAAAUUCUGCGGUCACCGGGCAUUUGCAACACCUGUUGAUAAAAAAUCCAAGCUUGACAACAGCUCUAAACGGGUGAAGAGAAACGCGAGACCGGACUCAAAAGAUAAGAAAAAAGUCGCGACAAGAAAGCAACUGAAAGAAGUAAAAACGAAAAACGAAGAAUCGAAUCUUAUACUUAAGGACGAAGUACCAAUGGAUGUGUUGAAGACUGUCAGAAAGAGUAAAACAAUGGCUGAAAGAUUGAAGAAACUGACUGAAAUCGGUUCGGAGGUCACAUCUGUGGAAUCUAAAGGUCAAGCCUCUAAGAAGUUAUCGAAAACGAAAAAGCUACGCUUCGAUGCAGAGAUGGGUGGUCAUUCUGCACAAUUGCCAAUAGAACACUAUGAUGAAGGGGUCUAUAUUCCCUUGUCAAGUAGCGAAUUACUUAAAAAGCUCUAUCAAAUGGACUCUAAAAAUCACUUUAUUCACAAGGAUACGGAUUUCUCCCGUUUUCCAAUGGUCUCCAAGGAAUCGUUUAAUGAAAAUAACGUGGAAGUAAAAACAAAUACCCAGGUGUAUGACAGUUGUCCAUCCAACUGCCCUUCGACGAACGUGAUGGUUUGCGCUAAGUGCCAACACGGCAUAUACAAGACGUUUGUCAGUGUGUGUCAUAUGCGCAUCUUUACUUGUCACCAUAGCGACGAAGUUCUCCAAUUAAUAGCCCGCUAUCCUUGCGUAUUAUCCGCUCCUUAUAUAUCGGAACCAGAAAUGCAACCGGUUGGAAAGGUAUCAGAUGAUGCGGAUGAAGAUAUCGUCUUAAAAUAUAUCAUGUGCCGGGACAAAGGCAACCUUGGAAACCCAGAAGUUUCGAGAUGUAACUUCGAGAGGCGUAAAAGGGUGCCACCAUCCAAAAUAAAACCAAAUAAGAAAUUUCCAACCAACGAUUCCAAUGAAUCGCCUGAGAAUCCCGUCAACCCUAAUGGAUCCUCUCACUCAGACUCAGAUUCGUCGUCUCACUCACAUCCCAAGACCUCUAACUCAAAUUCCGAGUCUUCCGACAAAUAUUCUAAUAGCCCUAUUGUUUCUGAAUCCAAUGAUGAGUCUGGAUCUUCCGCUCAUUCACACUCAGAUUCCUCCGCUCAUUCUUCUUCAAAGUCUGACCGUCACUCACACUCAGACUCCUCCCCUCACUCACACUCAGAAUCCUCCUCUCGCUCACGCUCAGAGUCCUCCCCUCAUUCUCACUCAGAGUCUGAACCUCACUCACACUCAGAGUCUUCCCCUCAUUCUCACUCAGACUCUGAACAUCAUUCACACUCAGAAUCCGCUCAUUCUCCCUCAGAGUCUGAUCAUCACUCACACUCAGAAUCUGCUCUUUCUCCCUCAGAGUCUGAUCAUCACUCACACUCUGAAUCCGCUCAUUCUCCCUCAGAGUCUGACCAUCACUCACACUCAGUAUCCUCUUCUCGCUCACACUCAGAGUCCUCCCCUCGUUCUCACUCAGAGUCUGAACAUCACUCACACUCAGAAUCCUCCUCUCGCUCACGCUCAGAGUCCUCCCCUCAUUCUCACUCAGAGUCUGAACAUCACUCACACUCAGAGUCUUCCCCUCAUUCUCAUUCAGGGUCUGAACAUCACGUACACUCAGAAUCCGCUCAUUCUCCCUCAGAGUCUGAUCAUCACUCACACUCAGAAUCCGCUCAUUCUCCCUCAGAGUCUGACCAUCACUCACACUCAGAAUCCGCUCAUUCUCCCUCAGAGUCUGACCAUCACUCACACUCAGUAUCCUCUUCUCGCUCACACUCAGAGUCCUCCCCUCAUUCUCACUCAGAGUCUGAACAUCACUCACACUCUGAGUCUUCCGCUCAUUCUACCUCAGAGUCUGAACAUCACUCACACUCAGAGCCUUCCGCUCAUUCUACCGCAGAGUCUGAACAUCACUCACAGUCAGAUUCCUCCCCUCAUUCUCCCUCAGAGUCCGAACAUCACUCACACUCAGAGUCAUCCGCUCAUUCUUACUCAGAGUCUGAACAUCACUCACACUCUGAGUCUUCCGCUCAUUCUACCGCAGAGUCUGAACAUCACUCACACUCAGAGUCUUCCGCUCAUUCUACCGCAGAGUCUGAACAUCACUCACAGUCAGAUUCCUCCCCUCAUUCUCCCUCAGAGUCCGAACAUCACUCACACUCAGUGUCAUCCGCUCAUUCUCACUUAGAGUCUGAACAUCACUCACACUCAGAGUCAUCCGCUCAUUCUUACUCAGAGUCUGAACAUCACUCACACUCUGAGUCUUCCGCUCAUUCUAACGCAGAGUCUGAACAUCACUCACACUCAGAGUCUUCCGCUCAUUCUACCGCAGAGUCUGAACAUCACUCACAGUCAGAUUCCUCCCCUCAUUCUCCCUCAGAGUCUGAACAUCACUCACAGUCAGAGUCCUCCCCUCAAUCUCACUAAAAGUCUGAACAUCACUCACACUCAGAAUUCGCUCAUUCUCCUUCAGAGCCUGAUCAUCACUCAUACUCAGAAUCGGCUCAUUCUCCUUCACAGUCUGAACAUCACUCACACUUAAAGUCUUCCCCUCACUCACACCCAGAAUCCACCUCUCACCACGCUCAGAGUCUUCACCUCAUUCUUAAUCAGAGUCUGAGCAUCACUCACACUCAGUCUUCCCCUCAUUCUGCUUCAGAGUCUGAACAUCACUCCCGCUCAGAGUCUUCCGCUCAUUCUCCCUUAGAGUCUGAUCAUCACAUACACUCAGAAUCCUCACUCACCUACGAAUAAUGAAAAAUCAUUCAAAUUCGAAUUCCUAGCAUCCCUUUCCUCCGAAGACUAAUCGUCCCUCAGAUUAAAAAACAUGUUAUUUAGAACCUGUUUAUUUGAAACCUCACUUUUUUAAUUAUUCACCCACGGUACCUUAAGACAAACGGAAUUGAUUCUAACCAAAGUCCAUAAGGUUUUUAUAUUUUUUAUGUUAUUUCGCUUAAACGGUCUGUUUGUCUUGCCCUUAGAUGUUUUAAUUAAUCUUUUGUAAUUAAAACUCGAAGUUCCUUAAGAUAUGUUAAAAAAAAUAAUCGUCAGUACAGUCAUACAGUUCAUAAUUGUGUAAUGUACAAAAAAAUAUUUUCUAUAGCCACGU